AAUAUUUAUUGCCAAUAUAAUCUAUAUAUCAAUACAAUAUCUGUCUAUAUGAUAUAACCCAGCGCAGUUCCGAGCGCCGCCGGGAGGGAUGUGCUGCCCUGUUCCAAUAUUUAUUGCCAAUAUAAUCUAUAUAUCAAUACAAUAUCUGUCUAUAUGAUAUAACCCAGCGCAGUUCCGAGCGCCGCCGGGAGGGAUGCGCUGCCCGUCCCUGGGCUCGGAUCCCGCCCCGCCGCCCCGGCCCCGCCCGGGCGCUUCCUGCAGGAGGAGGAAGCGGCUCCCGGGCCACGGAGCUGCCCCCGAGCCACCUCCCGGCUGCCCGGGCCAUGGAGCUGCCCCCGAGCCACCUCCCGGCUGCCCGGGCCAUGGAGCUGCCCCCGAGCCACCUCCCGGCUGCCCGGGCCAUGGAGCUGCCCCCGAGCCACUUCCCCGCCGCCCGGGCCGCGGCCGUGGCCAUGGGCUACCUGCGGUACCUGCGGGGCGGCCCCGGCCGCGGGCUGCAGCUGCGGGAGCUGCGGAGCGCCCGGCGCCAGGACAUUGAUGAUGUUGGGCACAAGUACUACCUGGAGCUGGAGCUGGAAGAUGUGCUGGACAAAGAGGACAGGACUGUGACCUGCACUGCUGAGGUUCUCUAUCCCCUGGGCAGCAAAAGCUCUGCUCCAGAUGUGCAGCUCACAGUGCAAGGAGAGCUCAGGAGCACAGAGGAAGCAGACAAGGAGUUCUACACUCGGAUCAGGAGCCUGGAAAAGGAGCUGGUGGCUGAGAACAUCCCAGACAGCCAUGGGAACAUUCCCCCAGAGCUGGAGCCCAUCCACCUGCUGGCCUGGGCAGCCUCUGGCUAUGUCAUCUGGCAGAAUUCCACUGAAAACACCAAGUUCCACCUUGCCCAAGUGAAACACGUGAAGCAAGUGAAAAGAAGUGAUGAAGACCUUCAGUUUGACUAUGUGGUUCUACUCCAUGAAAUGGUGUCCCAGGAGGUGCUGCCCUGGGAGGUGACCCUGCUGUGGCACCCCCAGCGUGGCCCCAGGGUGUCCCAGUGCCAGGGGCCAGCAGCAGGGGACACCUGAGCACCCCAGAGCUGCCAGCCCUGCAGGAGGCACAGGAGGGGAUGGCAGAGAGGAUCUACCACGGUGCAAGACAUGAAAUGAAACCUGGCUGGGUGUUCCUGAGAACUCCAAAGAACUUCUGCAGUGAAUACUCACGGCACAGGGGCAGAGAUGUUCUCCCUGAAGGCAACUUUGGGUUUCCCCAUGGUGCAAGGACAACCAUAUUCCCUCUCCAUUCUCUGCAGGAAAAAAAACACAGUGAUUAGGGUGAUUCCACUGGGAAUUAUUUACUGACUUCAUCAGGAUUCAUCACUUUUUUGGUUGGGGGUUUGAUUGAUUUGGGAGCUUUUUGUUGUUAUUUUUAAAUUAACAAAUUAUUCUACAUCAAGACCUGAAACUUCAGAUGCAGAAAAAGGAAACAGCAUUAAUUGUAUUAUUAAAAUUCAGGUUUUUCAAGGCAAAAAAA